AUGAAUGGAAAAUUAAUCCUCAGGCUCUUCUUAUAUCUAAUUUUUCGAUUUUUGCACUUACUUCUACUACUGGAAUCUGACAUUUAUGCACUUUUAUUACGGUUAUUUGAUAAGAAGAAUCAGGAGGACGAAGUGGAGAUUUUCAAUAUUUUUGGGAGAUAUCGCUUCGACAACACAGAUGUCACCAGGGAGUCGGAUUUCCUAUCAUUUCACGAAAAAUCUACAAUUUUCGAGGAAAUUUGUGAGGAAGGCUGGUUCAUCUACAACAUAACGGAACGAUACGUGUAUUUUGUAAAAAUAUCUCCAAUUGAAGAGGACAAUUUUGAAUCUACAAUUUCCAUCGAAAAAUGCUCAAAACUAGGCAUCUUUUUACACCAAAACGCGGAAAAGUUGGCACGGUGCCAAGUGGAUACUUUCCAGCGGAUCACUCGGGAUCUGCCACCGUUCAGGAAUAAAGUAUUGAUUUUUCACUCGGCGCCGAGUUGCGGAGGGACUACAGUCGGGAAAUUGCUUCAGGCUUGUGAUAAUUCGAAAUUAUCACUUUUGGUUUUAGGUGGGCUCUUUUUUUUACAAAUUAUAGAAUAG